AUUUUGAAAGUUCAAACCGGAAGAACGCACACUUUAUGUGUGACUUGACCUUGAAACUUCCACCAAGAAACAAACGAUAUAUGAAAAGACAGAGAAGCCAUUUUUGUAAGUAUAACAACUUCAAUAAAUCAGUACUUUACUCCAGAAGUCAUGGCAGACCUUGGCAUCAAAGCAGGAGACAAGGUGAUGUUGGUCUGGGCUCAGCCCUCCGCGCCAGCAGCCCUGAAACAGCAGGCAGAGGAACUGGGGGCCAUCGUUGGUGCAGACAAAGUGUCAGUGGAGAACAUGGAGAGACUAUUGCUGUCCUCUCAUUCAGCGUCCAUCUUUGACUGGGUGCUUUCUUGCCUUCUGGCUGACAGCUCCUCCAUCCACAGUUCAGAGACUCUAGCAGAAAUGGCCAAAGUGCUCAAACCUGGAGGGAAGCUAGUUCUAGAUGAAGCAGUUACAGGAGCUGAGGCGCAGAGUGUGAGGACUGCUGAGAGGCUCAUGUCAGCUCUCAAGUUGUCGGGCUUCAUGUCAGUGAUACAGGUCAGUAAAGCAGAAAUGAGUCCUGAGGCGUUGAGCUCCCUCAGGACGGCCACUGGUUACCAGGGAAACACUCUGUCGAAAGUCCGCAUAUCUGCCUCUAAACCCAGUUUUGAGGUGGGAUCAUCCAGCCAGAUUAAACUGUCAUUCGGGAAAAAGCCAGAGAAACCUGCUCUGGACCCCAACACUGUCAAAAUGUGGACCCUGUCAGCCAAUGACAUGGAUGAUGAUGACGUGGACCUGGUGGACUCGGAUGCUCUGCUGGAUGAAGAUGACUUGAAGAAGCCAGACCCAGCUUCUCUUAAAGCACCCAGCUGUGGAGGAGCCGCCAAGAAGAAGGCCUGCAAGAACUGCUCAUGUGGUCUCGCUGAAGAGUUGGAGAGUAAAGGAAAACAGACCAACCUACCGAAGUCUGCGUGUGGAAGUUGUUACCUUGGUGAUGCAUUCCGAUGUGCCAGCUGUCCGUACAUGGGGAUGCCAGCAUUCAAACCAGGAGAGAAGAUUGUGCUGGACAACAAGGCGCUGACUGAUGCUUGAAACACCAGACUACACGCAUCCUACAUCUCAGGCUUCAAAUUAUUCCAUUCCUUUCUGUUCCUUCCACUCUGCUCAGAGGUGAAAGCUGUUGUGAUGCUUCUGUCUGCUCAGUGGGAUGGCUUCGGUGUGUUUGAUGCGUUCAGUGUUUGAAAUGACAAAACACACCCUCUGGUUUCCUCAGUAACUCACCAGAGCUGAUGUGAUGCCCUCAUGUACCAACAAUAUCAAACGGAGUUUCUUAAUUUGAGUUUGGCAGCUUUGACAAUGAGCGAGAGUGAGAUUUGAAUAGGAAUAAAAGUGCACAGUCAUCAGUUUCGCUGCUGCUGUUAAUUAUGGUGAGUUACCUAGUUCUAGUAUGUAAAAGCAUUGAAAUGCAUUUGUUCUUUUCACUUGACGUUCUACUAACAUCUGACCAGCGACAUAUUUACAGUAUAAAGUAAAAACUACAUAAUGUUCACCAGGGCAAUUUAAGCAGACAAAGGUCCACAGAAAGUAUUUAUGUUGUCAAGGCAACAGUUUGGCAGAUUGUUGCCAUUUUAGUACAAUAAACUAAAGCCAGACUUCUGUAUGUUGGCAUCCCAUUUAUUUCACCGAAUGUUGCCAACAGUCACCUGAAGGUACUUAGUGAUGGAGUAAAUGUGCUGAUGACAGUUUCAAUAACACAUGUGAACACAUCCAACAGUAACAUUAGAUCUGGAGCGCUCCGUCAGGUAAACGGCUCAACUUCCUUCAUGAAAAUUCGACAAUACCAAACGCAUGAAAACCAAUAUAAAAGUUUAUUAAACAUUUAGAUAACACAUUUGGCUUUGGGAGACAGGUGACCUGUUAAUUCACAAAGCCUGGCGGUUGUCUCUGGUACACACA